GCGAGGCGCCAGCCCUCAGCAGACCGAGCAGCUUUUCCUCAGGCGGUGGUUGAGACGGCGGCUGUGGCAGCAGCCGGGGUUGUGGUCACCGUCAGUGUAGCGGUCAACUGCCCGCCCACUCCCGUCCCGGCCGGCGGGGCGGCCGUCCAGCCCCUCGAGCCGGUAGGCGAUGGUGCGGCGGAGCGCGCGGGCGGCGAGGCGGCGGGCAUGAAGGAGGAUGGAAGGGCAGGACGAGGUGUCGGCGCGGGAGCAGCAUUUCCACAGCCAAGUGCGGGAGUCCACGAUCUGUUUCCUUCUUUUUGCUAUUCUCUACAUCGUCUCCUAUUUCAUCAUCACAAGAUACAAGAGAAAAUCAGAUGAACAAGAAGAUGAAGAUGCCAUAGUCAACAGGAUUUCGUUGUUUCUGAGCACGUUCACUCUGGCAGUGUCGGCUGGAGCAGUCUUGCUUCUACCCUUCUCAAUAAUCAGCAAUGAAAUCCUGCUUUCUUUUCCUCAAAACUACUAUAUUCAGUGGCUGAAUGGCUCCCUGAUUCAUGGUUUGUGGAACCUUGCUUCUCUCUUUUCCAAUCUUUGUCUAUUUGUGUUGAUGCCCUUUGCCUUUUUCUUUUUGGAAUCAGAAGGUUUUGCUGGUCUAAAAAAGGGAAUCCGAGCCCGAAUUUUAGAAACCCUGGUCAUGCUCAUCCUCCUGGCCUUGCUUAUUCUUGGGAUCGUGUGGGUAGCCUCAGCACUCAUUGACAAUGAUGCUGCCAGCAUGGAAUCUUUAUAUGAUCUCUGGGAGUUCUACCUACCUUAUUUAUAUUCCUGUAUAUCAUUGAUGGGAUGCUUGUUACUUCUCUUGUGCACUCCAGUCGGCCUCUCCCGCAUGUUCACUGUCAUGGGGCAGCUGCUGGUGAAGCCAACAAUUCUUGAAGACCUGGAUGAGCAGAUUUAUAUCAUUACCCUCGAGGAAGAAGCACUCCAGAGACGACUCAGUGGACUCUCUUCAUCAGUGGAAUAUAACGUAACAGAGUUGGAACAAGAACUUGAAAAUGUAAAGAUUCUGAAGAAAAAAUUAGAGAGGCGCAAAAAGGCUUCAGCAUGGGAAAGAAACUUGGUGUAUCCUGCUGUUAUGGUUCUUCUCCUCAUUGAGACAUCCAUUUCUGUCCUCUUGGUGGCUUGUAAUAUUCUUUGCCUGUUGGUUGAUGAAACAGCAAUGCCAAAGGGAACAAGGGGGCCUGGAAUAGGAAAUGCUUCUCUUUCUGCUUUUGGUUUUGUGGGCGCUGCACUUGAAAUCAUUUUGAUUUUCUAUCUUAUGGUGUCCUCUGUCGUCGGUUUCUACAGCCUCCGAUUUUUUGGAAAUUUUAUUCCCAAGAAGGAUGACACAACUAUGACAAAGAUCAUUGGGAAUUGUGUGUCAAUCUUGGUUUUGAGCUCCGCGCUGCCUGUGAUGUCAAGAACACUGGGAAUCACUAGAUUUGAUCUACUUGGAGACUUUGGAAGGUUUAAUUGGCUGGGAAAUUUCUAUAUUGUGUUAUCCUACAAUUUGCUUUUUGCUAUUGUGACCACAUUGUGUCUGGUCAGAAAAUUCACCUCUGCUGUGCGAGAAGAACUCUUCAAGGCCCUAGGGCUUCAUAAACUGCACUUGUCAGAUACGCCAAGGGAUUCAGACACAGCAAAGCCUUCUGCAAAUGGGCAUCAGAAAGCACUGUGAGACCCCAGCACCACUCUGCAGUCAAGAGCCGAGCAGCCCACACUCGUGACAUUCCUGCCAGUCGGGGCCGUCCUGCUGACUGUGAUCCAUGUGUCCAGCCUGGGACUGUGUGUGUCCCCGUCUUCAUAGUUUGAGGGCUUGGCUGUCGCAGGUCGUCUCCUUUUUGUUUGCCUUUGAGUGGACCUUGUCGUUCCCAGCCAAGCGCAGGCCCCUCUGGGCAGUGCCUCUUCUGGGGCCCAUGCUGGCUUGCAUUAGCUGCGCAGCUGUGAGGACAUGAGAAAAGGCCACUUUGGGGCUUCUAAGGGUUCAUUACAAUCUCAGUAUAGAGUCCAUUCAAAGUGUAGACACCCACGUGAAAGGCAUCCUUCCUUAGUCCUCAGAUGGGCAGUUUCUGCAAAAAAAUGGAAGUUUGUAGGUGUUACUGCCGUGGCUGCAUUGAGACUGCAGUGGUUGCAAAUGGCAUUUUCUACUUCCUUCAAGAAAAAAACAAAGCAUAGUUCUGACUUAGGUUACCGAAUAUCGACUGGAAUUUGAGUUAAGGGAAAAAUACAGAACUCUUCUAAACCUGAGCCUUGGUAGAAUGCCACAGGAAUCCGUCUACUGUCCAGUGUAAUAAGCUAUGGUAGGAUGUGUUACGUCAUCAUAUUUUCUGACAGUUUAUGUGUAAAUAAUUCAAUAUUACCUCUCACAACAUAGUUGCCAGUGUUGAACACACUUGUAACUUAGAUUUUGCCUUAUAGGCUGUAUGUAUACUCAGUUUUUUUAAAACAUUUUUUCAGAAAUCCCGUAAUUCCCUGUGCUUCUGUGUCCAUCAUGGAACCGUAAAUCCUCUGUGGUAGAAACCCCUUCUUUCACCUUCGGUCACUUCUGCACAUGCCAAGUUAAACCUCAGACUUACAAAAGUGAUCAUUUAACACCAGAACACACGGCAUCAGCCAGCAUUCGUGGUGUCAGGACAGUUCUGCAGUGUAUCAUGACCUCACGCUCAUUCAGUUAUUAAAUUGUAAAUAAUUAUGGGGACAGGUUCUUGACUUCAAGUCCUCUGAGUAAAAACUAUACCAUGAUACUCUGUGUCACCCUCUGCUAGGUUAGAGCAUCAGAAAUUGUGCAUGCAGAAGUAGGAGGUGGGUCCAUCACACACAGUUCAUAUCGUGAGGCCUCUAAAUACGUGUAUCCACAUGCACUGUGUGUAUGGCAGUAGUGUCUGUGUUCAGACAAAAGUAAAAGAAUAGUUUUCUCAAACUGUUGAAUUUAAAGGUUUUGGGGAGAGAAAUUUAUGAAAAAUAGGCUGUAUAUAUUUGACAUAAAACAUUUCCACUAAGAACCAAAAUUAUAAGAAAAAGUAAUCUCAGCUCUAUGUGUAUACUUCUUUAUUUAUACCUCUGCAUUUCCUUUUGAGUUUCUCUUGUUCAAAUGCAGCUUAGGUUUAAAACAAAAGAACAUUUUGUGAUUCUAAAUGACCCUCAGUAAAUAUAAGCAGCCUAGUAUGGGUGACUUUCUCAGCAUAAGAUCCACAUACUGAGAAAAUUUAUUAAAAAUGGCUGCUCUUCAAUUUUACUUGUAAUUAUACCUAUUUAAGCAUUAGUUGGAGGUUUUGAUUUUUACUGAAACUUGCUUGCUUUGAGCAGACCAGGUCAAGGGGAGAAGAGAAAAAAGUUCCUUUAAAUAAAAGAAUAUCAUUUUUAACUUACACCAAUUUCAGGGCACACAUCCAGAAGAGCUUCUGGGUAUUUGUAAGAUGUCUGAAAAUUUUUAAGUAAAGUAUUAAACUUUUCAACGUCUGUAUCAACUCUGCUCAUCUGAAAAUUUCUUUCCAUCAGAGGACUUAGGCCAGGUUUGGAUCAGUAAGGAGUGAAAUGUAUAAUGGAUUUUUUAAGCUUUCAUUGGAUGCUUCGUCAUUGCUGUGUGGAAUAGAGGGAUGGUUGUAAACCUUGGGUCUCAGACGUGUUCUGUGUGAGCAAAUACAGGUUGUUACAUCCUCA